AGAAAGCGACUCGGCUCCGCGCGCCGCUUCCCCCUCUCCUCCUGCCAUUAUUCUCCUGGGCCGGAGAGUCCCGCGAGCUCAAGAGGAGACCACGCCAGGCCUCCCCCCUUCCCCAAAUCAGAUAGAUGACACUUCUCCACCAAUCCAGACCAUCACAUGCUGUCCUGCCAGCUCUUUGACCUUGGGGAGCAGUGCCAACCACCCUUUGAACCUCAUGUUGCUGCUUUGUAAUGCCAAGUUGGUCCAGAACAAACCAGAAGCUAUCCAUGAUCUGAUUCUGGAUGAAGGAGCCAACCUGGCUGAAGCUACCCCGCGCGAGUCCCUUUGCCUCGGCGCAACUCGGUUGGAAGCUCCCGCCCAGAUGCUGCCGCUCUCCUGCUGGCCCGGCCGGGGGCUGCUCUCCUUGGCCGCUUUGGUGCUGGUCGUCCUGGUCUGCGUGGGUCCCGACAUUUCAAGAGGAAAUAAACUUAAGCUGAUGCUUCAGAAACGAGAAGCCCCUGUGCCAGUUAAGGCAGAGGUGUCUGUCAAAGAAGAUAAGGCCAAAGAAUUUUUAAGCAGCCUGAAACGCCAGAAGCGCCAGCUUUGGGACAGGAGUCAACCUGAUGUUCAGCAAUGGUACCAGCAGUUCCUCUACUUGGGCUUUGAUGAGGCUAAAUUUGAAGACGAUGUAUCCUAUUGGUCAAAUCUAGGCCGUAGUGGCCAUGAAUAUUACGGCGGUUAUUACCAUCACCAUUAUGAUGAAGAUGCACCAAUUGGCCCACGAAACCCUCACACCUUCAGGCAUGGAGCAAGUGUUAACUAUGACGAUUAUUAACUUGAUCUUUCCCCCACCCUCUCUGAGUAAGUACACAAGGAAAAUGGUUAAGUCCUAACUUACCUUUAUCUUCCCCCUUUGACUAGUUUAACAAUAAUUAGAAAACUGUCAGUACAAAAAAAAUUUAUAUUCACUCAGUAGCACACAAUGUAUAAGUGUUAGAAUUAAAGCUUUUUGAUAAAGUA